GAAGAAGAGAUUACAAACAUAACCUAACUUGAAAUUCCAAUUUUUUAUCUUGAAUCAAUUUUCAGAAAGUAAGAUACUGCUUACAUUCGACACAGUUAUUCUAUGCAAAUCAUUAGCUGACCAACGACAAAAACUAGUUCAUCGUUAUAAGCAAUUUCACAAUGUCAGGUACAAAUCACCCUGCCGAGGCCCCGGAGCACUGUCCGGGAACAGAAAGCGAAAAUGCAGGCAAAGCCUCGGCCUGCGCAGGGUGUCCCAAUCAGAGCAUAUGCGCGGAGGGACCCAAAGCCCCUGAUCCUGGGAUCAAGAAAGUGAAAGACCGACUUUUGACUGUGAAGAAUAAAAUUUUGGUACUGUCCGGAAAGGGGGGCGUAGGGAAAAGCACGGUAACGGCUCUGCUGAGCAGAAAGCUGGCUCACGACGACGAAGAGAGAAAUGUGGCUGUACUGGAUAUUGACGUAUGCGGACCUUCUCAGCCACGACUUUUGGGAGUGAUUGGGGAGCAGGUGCAUGAAUCAGGUUGCGGCUGGUCGACCAUCUUCGUCGAAGACAACCUCUCGGUGAUGUCGCUAGGCUUCCUCCUCGGCUCCGCCGACGACGCUGUCAUCUGGCGCGGUCCUCGCAAGAACGGCAUGAUCUGCAGGUUUCUCUCCGACGUCGACUGGGGCCGCCUCGACUUUCUCUUAAUCGACACGCCGCCCGGUACCUCGGACGAACACCUCUCCGUCGUGACGUACCUUUCCGAGGCGGGAGUCACGGGCGCCGUCGUCGUGACCACCCCCCAGGAGGUGGCUCUGCUCGACGUGCGCAAGGAGAUCGAUUUCUGCCGGAAGGUUGGCGUGCCGGUACUCGGCGUCGUGGAGAAUAUGGCAGAGUUCGUGUGCCCCUCGUGCGAGAAGUCUUCGGAGAUAUUCCCUGCGAGAACAGGAGGAGCUAGUAAGAUGUGCGAGGAGUUGGGGGUGCCGUUCUUCGGGAGUCUGCCUCUCGACCCGAGGGUGACGAGGUGCUGCGACGAGGGAAGGAAUUGCGUCGUGGAGUUGGCCGACUCCCCCGCAGUGCUUGGCGUGGGGAGGAUCGCGGAUAAGUUGGUGAAGGCCUGCCAGAAAUGAACUUUUCUUUGCAAUAACACUUUUUGUUAUAUGUACUGUAUGUUAUAGAUGUUUCAAUAAAGAUAUUUUGGUCAUCAA